GGUGGGGUGACUCGGAAAAAUCAAAUCCAAAAUACACGCAAUUCGUUUGUUUUGCAUUCCUGCACUUCCUCUCUCUUCUUACUACAAACAAACAAAAAGGAGAGAGAAAUAGACGUUGCAUUGGAAACUUUUACACAGAAAAAACGAAGCCGUUUUCUUUCACCUUCCAUUUUCCCUCGACUCCCCCCAAAAAAAACCAGCUACCUUUCUCUCUCUUAAACAUGGUGGUAUAAGUUUGUAGAGAGAAGAAGCUUAAAAACCCUUUUAGAGAGUGUGAUAAGUAGUAAAAAGAACUCAUUAAUGGCGGCUUUUUUGAAGCUAUUUUUGCUGUAUUUUGUGUCAAUUUGUUUCAUCAUUAGUCGAUGUUUUGGUGGUGAUCCUUAUGUUAACUUUCAAUUUGUUUACUCUUAUAAAACCCUUUCUCCUUUGGGUGUUCCUCAACAGGUUAUAGUGGUCAAUGAUCAGUUUCCGGGACCUUUAGUUGAAGUUGUAACCAAUUACAAUGUUGUUGUUGAUGUGAAAAACAAAUUGGAUGAAAAUCUUCUGGUUAAUUGGAAUGGGAUUCAAAUGAGAGAUGAUCCUUGGCAAGAUGGUGUACAUGGUACAAAUUGUGCCAUUCCUCCCAAAGCGAAUUUCACAUAUCGGUUCCAGGUCAAGGACCAGAUUGGAAGCUUCUUUUACCACCCGUCGAUCAACUUUCAAAGGGCUUCUGGUGGGUUUGGCCCCUUUAUUAUUGGCAACAGGAGCAUAAUUCCUCUACCUUUCCCUAAACCAGAUGCAGAUAUUGUUCUCAUGAUUGGUGAUUGGUAUACCAGAGAUCAUAAGGCGCUGAGGGCAGACUUGAGUGCUGGCAAGGAUCUGGGGAUGCCGGAUGGGGUUCUUAUUAAUGGAAAGGGGCCUUACCAGUAUAAUACUACCCUUGUUCCUGAUGGGAUUGAGUAUGAGAGCAUUCAAGUUGAGCCAGGCAAAACCUACCGAUUUCGAGUACACCAUAUUGGAAUCUCAACUAGUUUAAAUUUCAGAAUUCAAGAUCACAAUCUGAAUCUGGUUGAAACUGAAGGAUAUUAUACAUCGCAGACAAAUUACAGCAAUUUCGAUAUUCAUGUCGGGCAGUCGUAUUCGUUUCUUGUGACAAUGGAUCAGAAUGCUAGUAGUGACUAUUACAUUGUAGCAAGUGCUAGAUUUCAGAAUGAAUCUCAAUGGGAGCAAGUCACUGGUGUAGCAAUCUUGCAUUAUUCCAAUUCUCAGGGAAAGGCGGCUGGCCCUCUUCCUGAUCCCCCUAAUGAUUUCUAUGACAAGACUUGGUCUAUGAAUCAGGCUAGAUCUGUCAGGCAAAAUGGAUCUGCAAGUGGAGCUCGUCCUAAUCCACAAGGCUCCUUUCACUAUGGGAACAUCAAUGUGACACAGACUUACAUUUUCCAGACCUUGCCGCCUACGACAAUCAGAGGGAAGCGUGGUGCAACUCUGAAUGGCAUCUCAUUUGUGAACCCUGCUACUCCAAUCCUGCUUGCUGACUGGAAGAAUGUGAAGGGAGACUACAAGCUUGAUUUUCCCAGCAAGCCACUGACAGGACAUCCUCGGCUGGACUCCUCAAUUAUCGACGGUACAUUUAAAGGAUUUGCCGAAAUCGUGUUUCAGAACAAUGAUACAGUGAUGCAGACUUUUCACUUGGAUGGAUUUUCAUUCUAUGUUGUUGGGAUGGAUUAUGGUGUAUGGACAGAGGACAGGCGUGGUAGUUAUAACAAAUGGGAUGCUAUCUACCGCUGCACUGUACAGGUCUUUCCUGGAGCUUGGACAGCCGUGCUUGUGUACCUCGACAACCCAGGGACAUGGAAUAUCAGAACAGAAAACCUUGAUAGGUGGUAUCUGGGCCAAGAAACAUACAUAAAGCUUGUCAAUCAUGAAGAUAAGGGCACCCAAUAUGCAGCCCCUGAUAAUGUUAGAUUUUGUGGUGCUCUUGCCAACUUGCAGAAAGAAAACAGUGCAUCAUCGAUUAACAGGAACAUGAAGCUGCUUGUGAUACUGCUUAGUGUCGUCUUUAUUGCUCUCGUUGAUCUGCGUUGAAAGACCGUUAAAUCUUUUUCUUAUUUGUUAUUUUUCGUCAUCAUACAACUUCUGGCUUCAGCAUAAAUAGUAGGGGCACAUGAAGUCUGUUGAGCACAAAUUUUUGAUUGAUGUGUUUAGUCUUGUUGAUAUUCAGAGGCGGAAAGCGAAAUUUGUGUAGCUUCUUCAACUGUAAAAAAAAGUCGGGCAUUUGCUAGGGGCUUAAUCCCCUUAAUUGUUGAUUGAUGUAGUUUGAUAAAGACGAGCUAAGUUAUUUUUAAUUACAUGAUGGCUUUAAUACAAAGUAGUUUUGUGUUGGAAAGAAA